AUGGGCCUGCUCCACGGCCAAGGGCUGACGCGGGUGACGGUGCUGGAGAACGGGCUGCGCGUCGCCUCCCAGAACAAGUUCGGGCAGUUCUGCACCGUGGGCCUUCUUAUAAAUUCGGGGUCAAGACACGAAGCGAAAUACCUCAGCGGCAUCUCUCACUUCUUGGAAAAGCUGGCGUUCUCCUCCACAGCUCAGUUUGGCAGCAAAGAUGAAAUUCUCCUCACCUUAGAAAAGCACGGGGGCAUUUGUGACUGCCAGGCAUCGAGGGACACCAUAAUGUACGCGGUUUCUGCUGAUGCCAAAGGCCUGGACACAGUGGUCAACUUGCUGGCUGAUGUAGCGCUGCAGCCCAGGUUAUCAGAUGAAGAAAUUGAGAUGACUCGCGCGGCUAUACGAUUUGAGCUUGAAGACUUGAAUAUGAGACCUGAUCCAGAGCCUCUCCUCACAGAAAUGAUCCAUGCGGCAGCCUACAGAGACAAUACAGUUGGACUGAACAGGUUCUGCCCAGUGGAAAAUACUGACAAAAUCGAUCGAGAAGUCCUGCAUUCGUACCUGCGCAACUACUAUACGCCAGACAGGAUGGUGCUUGCCGGGGUGGGAAUUGAGCACGAGCAGUUAGUGGAGUGUGCGAAGAAGCAUCUGCUUGGAGUGGAGCCGGUGUGGGGCAGUGGACAGACCAAGGACGUGGACAGAUCUGUGGCUCAGUACACAGGAGGCAUUGUCAAGGUUGAAAAAGAUAUGUCAGAUGUGAGCCUGGGCCCUACUCCCAUCCCAGAGCUCACCCACAUCAUGAUUGGGUUAGAAAGCUGCUCAUUUUUAGAGGAAGAUUUCAUUCCCUUUGCGGUAUUAAACAUGAUGAUGGGAGGUGGUGGCUCUUUUUCAGCUGGAGGGCCUGGCAAGGGCAUGUUCACCCGACUGUAUCUCAAUGUGCUCAACAGGCACCACUGGAUGUAUAAUGCCACCUCCUACCACCACAGUUAUGAGGAUACAGGUCUCCUGUGUAUACAUGCCAGUGCAGAUCCAAAACAGGUUCGAGAGAUGGUGGAAAUCAUCACAAGAGAAUUCAUUCUAAUGGCAGGAGCAGUAGGAGAGGUAGAACUUGAGCGAGCGAAGACGCAGCUGAAGUCCAUGCUCAUGAUGAACCUUGAGUCUCGGCCAGUUAUCUUUGAAGAUGUGGGAAGGCAAGUGUUGGCAACAAACACAAGGAAGCUACCUCACGAGCUCUGUGCCCUGAUCAGUCAGGUGAAAUCUACUGAUAUCAAGAGAGUGGUCACUAAGAUGCUUCAUAAAAAACCAGCUGUGGCUGCACUGGGUGACUUAACAGAUUUGCCCACUUACGAACACAUCCAGGCAGCGCUUUCCAGUAAGGAUGGGCGACUCCCUCGGAUGUACCGGCUCUUUCGAUAAAGCAGUGCAUCCUGCACCUCUGACAGACUUGCUUCUUUUUUAAUAUGUUUUUGAGAUUAUGAUAUUGCUGCA